CACAUCUGAAGGCAGAUUACGGAUUGUCUACAGCCCAAACUGGCAACCUGCAUGCUGUUCACAGGGGGAGGCGCUAGUCCGCCGUAGUUUCUGGAAGGAACCUCAUGCUUGCACCAUGGAGAAAGUCUCAGCAUUGAAAGAUCAGGGCAACAAGGCCCUGAGUGCAGGAAAUAUCGACGAGGCUGUACGCUGCUACACCGAAGCCUUGGCUCUUGACCCAUCGAACCAUGUCCUGUUCAGUAACCGCUCAGCUGCCUAUGCCAAGAAAGGCAACUAUGAGAAUGCUCUCCAGGAUGCCUGUCAGACUAUCAAGAUCAAACCUGACUGGGGCAAGGGCUACUCUCGCAAAGCUGCAGCAUUGGAGUUUCUCGGCCGGUUGGAGGACGCUAGAACAACUUACCACGAGGGACUCCGACAAGAGCCAAGUAAUCAGCAGCUAAAGGAGGGCUUACAGAACAUCGAGGCCCGACUUGCAGAGAAAACAAUGAUGAACCCCUUCGCUAUGCCCAACUUGUAUCAGAAGCUGGAAAGUGAUCCUCGGACUCGUGAGCUGUUGUCAGAUCCCAGCUACAAAGAACUGCUGGAGCAGCUCAGGAACAAACCAUCUGAGCUUGGCACGAAGCUGCAGGAUCCCAGAGUGAUGACUACACUCUCUGUGCUGCUGGGACUAAACCUCUCUGAGAUGGAGGAAGAAGAGGAGCCCACUCCUCCUCCUCCUCCUCCCAAACCCAAGGAGACUCAGCCACCUCCUCCCAAAGAGGAAGACCUGCCUGAAAACAAGAGAAAGGCCUUGAAGGAAAAAGAACUUGGGAAUGCUGCAUAUAAGAAUAAGGACUUUGAAACAGCGCUGAAACAUUAUGAAGAAGCAAUUAAACAUGACCCUACCAACAUGACUUACAUAUCUAAUCAAGCAGCUGUGCAUUUCGAGAAGGGAGAUUUUGAGAAGUGCCGAGAGCUGUGUGAGAAGGCCAUUGAUGUUGGCAGAGAGAACCGAGAAGACUACAGACAAAUUGCAAAGGCCCUGGCUCGAAUUGGGAACUCAUACUUCAAGCAGGAAAAAUACAAGGAGGCAGUUCAGUAUUUCAACAAGAGUUUGACGGAGCACCGCACUCCUGAUGUUUUGAAGAGGUGUCAACAGGCAGAGAAGAUCUUGAAAGAGCAGGAGAAACUAGCCUACAUCAACCCGGAGUUGGCGCUGGAAGAGAAGAACAAGGGCAACGAUGCCUUCCAGAAAGGAGACUACCCCUUAGCCAUGAAACAUUACACCGAGGCCAUCAAGAGAAAUCCCAAUGAUGCCAAACUGUUCAGUAACAGAGCAGCCUGCUACACAAAGCUGUUGGAGUUUCAGCUUGCCCUGAAGGAUUGUGAAGAGUGCAUCAAACUUGAGCCCAGCUUCAUAAAAGGCUACACACGCAAAGGAGCUGCUUUGGAGGCCAUGAAGGAUUAUUCUAAAGCUAUGGAUGUGUACCAGAAGGCUCUUGAGCUGGACUCUUCCUCAAAGGAAGCCACAGAAGGCCUGCAGCGCUGUAUGGUCAGUCAGGCCAUGAGGAAUGACAGCCCUGAAGAGGUGAAGAAACGAGCCAUGGCUGAUCCUGAGGUGCAGCAGAUUAUGAGUGAUCCCGCCAUGCGCAUGAUCCUUGAGCAAAUGCAAAAGGACCCACAGGCACUUAGCGACCACUUAAAGAAUCCAGUUAUUGCUCAGAAGAUACAGAAACUCAUUGAUGUUGGACUGAUAGCCAUUCGCUGAUGACAGACAAGAGCCACGUGUGAAGAAACUCCAAGACAACCGUGGAACAACGCACAGAUCCCUCCAAAAUAAUACAUACUCUUUUCUUGCCUUCAGAUUCAAAAUUAUAUUGUUUGUCUCACUGAGACUUUGUGUGUAUGUUUAUGUUUUUUUUUUUUAAAUCAGUUUCACAACUUUUACAUUGUAUUUAAGAAAGCAUCUUGUAUGUAAUCUGGACAUCUUAAGGACUCUGGAUAAUUUCAUCUGAAAAAAUUCAUGUGUACAGAUGCUGAAAUACAUCUUAAAAUAAACAUCACAAUGCAGUGCA